UUGCCUCGCAAAACGGGCACACUGAAGCGCGGGAAAGCCAUCAGCUGUCAUCACAAAUUUUGCGAGCAAAGAAAGCGGACAAAUUGCGAUAUAAGCGGACAUUACCCCAUAAAAAGUGCACAAACCUUAGAAAAAAUAGUAAACCAACAAUCAGCUAGCAUUGCAUCACAAAAAACAAGUGUUUGUCGAGUGUUCUGCAGGUUAAUUUCGACAGGGAGCGCAAUUUCGGCACGGAACAAAAGCAGAACCUGCUGAAAAAAGCGCGCCGUUGAAGGCGUCUGGAAAAACUCCGCCUACGUUUUUCAAUCCGCGAGGUACAGUUACAGCCAUGGCCAAGGUGCACAUCACCAAUGUGGUGGUGCUGGACAACCCCAGCAGCUUCUUCAACCCCUUCCAGUUCGAGCUGACCUUCGAGUGCAUCGAGGAGCUGAAGGAGGACCUCGAGUGGAAGAUGAUCUACGUGGGCUCCGCGGAGUCUGAGGAGCACGACCAGGUCCUGGACACCAUAUACGUGGGUCCGGUGCCCGAGGGACGUCACAUCUUCGUUUUCCAGGCGGACCCGCCGGAUGUCAGCAAGAUCCCCGAACCUGAUGCAGUGGGCGUCACCAUUGUCCUGCUCACCUGCUCCUAUCGCGGCCAGGAGUUUGUCCGCGUGGGCUACUAUGUGAACAACGACUAUGCGGAUCCAGAGAUGCGCGAGAACCCGCCGCCGAAGCCCCUCUUCGACAAGCUGACGCGCAACAUCCUGGCCAGCAAGCCGCGUGUCACCCGCUUCAAGAUCAACUGGGACUACGGGCAUAUCAACGGGAACGGAAACGGCGUGGAGAACGGCCACGACGAGGAGAUGGUCACCGAUGGUCCGUCCACAUCGGAGGUGGCGUCAGUUGUUGUCCAGCCGGAGGACGACAACAGCCUGGCCAUGCCCAUUGAAAACGGAAUCAAGGCCCUGAACGAGAACUCCAACUCACUGGCCAUGGAAUGUUGAGAGCUGCCGGCAGUCCAAACUAUGACCACAUCAACACACACAGCCUCUCACUCACACAAACACACGCUGCUAUGGUCGACGACUUGAGGGAAUACCCGACUCGGACACUCGUAGUACUCCUCGUCCCUCUAUUUAAGUAACUAAUUAUUAAAGCGACAAGUUAAAUAUAUAUGUAUACAUUAAAUUAAUUCCUAAACCAUAAA